AUGAUAGCUACCAGCGGCCUCCUGAGGAUAUCUCGGCGCCAGGACUCACUGCGAUCCAAGAACCGGGCAGAAAACAAGAAAAAGAGGAAAGCCAAGAAAAAAUGCAAGAAUGACAUCGUCGUGGUGAUGGGCAAAGUGAAUCUGUGCUCCAUCUCUGGACUUGUGGCAGCGCUCCUCAUCCUACUGGUGGGCAUCGCCAUGGCUGUGCUGGGCUACUGGCCCAAAGAUAACACAGAAUAUCCGGAGAGACCACUUGGACCGAUUUGGCCCACGAAACAGACUGCAAACGUCCAGAGAAUUUCCUUUGAGGUGUCUAACUUCACAAGCAAUAAUAAAUUAUCAGCGCAUAGAGAGCUGAAUCACACUGACAGCACUAGAAACUCGACAUCGGCAAAUACGCAAUCAGUCGGGUUCUUCGCUAGUCUGUUGGCAAGUUAUUUGUACUCGGACAACCUCAGAGUCUUCGGACCUUUGGUGAUGGGCAUCGGAAUCUUUCAUUUCAUCUGCGCCAACGCAGUUCUGCAUGAGGAGCGUGAUAAGAAAACAAAAAUCAUAAAUCUGCGUGACAUUUACUCUACGGUCAUAGACAUCCACAGUUUGCACACCAAAGACUGCACGCCGUUCAACGGCCUGAUCAGCUACAUGCAGUCGAGGAGCGAUGGUAAAUCUGGGUCGUCUUCCAUGGGAAUGACGGCACAAGGCUCCUGGCCUUCUACCUUCUCAGGUAAAGGCGGCAACUGUAGACGCCCGUUGUUUUCCAGGAAGUACAGCUCGUGUACAAAAAGGCAGUCAUUUACGGAUACGUUAUAUAGUAUUUACACAGACCAGUGCUGCAGCGACGAGCCGGCCACGGCAGCCAGACAAUGGGAGACGUGUUCCAUAGUUACGUCGUCCUUUAGCGCGUUUACGUUACCCAUCAUCAAACUCAAUAACUGUGAGAUGCAAGAGAGAGAGGAGCACGAGCGAGCGAGUGUCAAGAAAGAACGUCGCAAGAGUUGCGGGCCACUUAUCAGUGUCGCUGUGGAAAAAAGAGUGGAGGUGUCAAGGACUGGUUUGUCUGUUUCACUGGAUUCCAAGUUGGAUGAAAGACAGAGUUUGGCUACAGUAAGCCAAUGCCAGCUGUUGCCGCCCACCACUGGGAUCCGGGUCACGGGGACAUACCUGUCUCUGAAUGCCCUGUCGGAUGUGGGCACCAGGUGCCAGAACGAAAGGUCAUGGAGGUUCAGCUGUCCUAGACUUGAUCGCUCAGGCAGUAAGGGCUACAUUAAAUUGGCGGAUCUGGGUGGCAAUUCGUUCAAGGAGCCCGACGGAGCAUCUGACGCAGAUGUAGGAAGAAAAGAAGACAGAGAGAUGCACACACUUCCUGUGAACUCUGACAAACAACUACACACACACACACUGCAUAACUGA